UGGUUUCAAAGUAUGUCUUCAAGAAGAAGCAUUCAAAUUCUUGAUCCAUAUUUUCACCUGAAAAAUGCAUAGAGUCUGCAACAGAUUUGCUGACUCUUCACCAAACUCUAAAAAAUCAUAGGUUGAAUGCAUAAUAUUCCUAGUUUGAUCAGAAAAUGCAGCUGAAAAUCCCAGAAUUUUGCUAGAAGAUCCUGUGAAGAGAUUGCAGACAAAAGGAUUGAAGGAGGUUCAACAAUGGCAACAGCUUGGGAUCACUUGGGGGAGAUUGCAAAUGUGGCUCAGCUAUCAGGGAUUGAUGCGGUGCGGUUAAUAGGGAUGAUCAUACAAGCUGCUAGCACAGCGCGUUUGCACAAGAACAACUGCAAGCAAUUUGCAAUGCAUUUGAGGUUAAUUGGAAAUCUUUUGGACCAACUGAAAAUUAGUGAGCUAAAGAAGUAUCCUGAAACACGGGAGCCAUUGGAGCAGCUCGAGGAUGCGUUGAGGAGGUCUUACAUUUUGGUCAAUUCGUGUCAAGUUCGUAGCUAUUUGUACCUGCUUGCCAUGGGGUGGACCAUUGUUUACCAGUUCAGGAAGGCUCAAGAUGAGAUUGAUCGGUAUUUGAAGAUCAUCCCGCUCAUCAGUCUCGUGAAUAAUGCUCGAGUUAGGGAAAGAUUAGAGUAUAUAGAAAUGGACCGGCACGAAUACACAUUGGAUGAUGAAGACAGAAAGGUGCAAGAAGUUAUCAUGAACCCUGACCCAUUCAACACCGAUGUUUCGGUUUUGAGGAGAUCAUUUUCUUAUAGCUACCCAGACUUGCCUUUCAAUGAGGUUAUCAAGAAAGAAAAUGAAAAACUUCAUUUUGAACUACAAAGAUCACAAUCUUGCCUGGAUGCUAGCCAGAGUGAAAUAAUUCAAAAUUUUAUGGAAAUCGCGCACGUUUUUGCUUCCGAUCAUCAAUGUGAGGAUAUGCCAUAUUAUCCAUAUGCCAGCAGAAAUCAAGUACAUGAAAAUAGUAAUGAUAUGCAAAUAGUUGUUCAUUCAGCUUCAUAUUCUCAAGAUCAGAAUGAUUAUGAUAUGCCAUAUUAUUCAUAUGUCAGCAGCAAUCAAGAACAUGAAAAUAGUAAUGGUAUGCAAAUAAUUGUUCAUUCGGAUUCAAAUUCUCAAUUUGAGAGGGCUAUACCGUAUUAUCCGUAUGUCAGCAGCCAACAAGAAGAUGAAAAUAGAAAUGAUCUGCAAAUGAUUGUUCAUUCAGCUUCAAAUACACAAUUUGAGAAGGCUAUACCAUAUUAUCCGUAUGUCAGCAGCAAUCAAGAACAUGAAAAGAGUAACGAUGCGCAAAUAAUUGUUCGUUCAGCUUCAAAUUCUAAGUUUGCGAAGGCGAUUCCAUAUUAUCCAGAUGUCAGCAGCAAACAAGAACGUGAAAACAGUAGUGAUCUGCAAAUAGGUGUUCGUUCAGCGUUAAGAAGCACUUCUUCCACUUCUUCUAGACAAGAUUUACUUUCUUCUAGAAGAAUCCAUCGACAUGAAGAAUGGCAUUCGGGCCCACUUGGCUGUUGUUCCGAGCCGAUGAUGUGCGUAAAAACCUUACUUUUCCCCUGUGGAACACUCUCAAAAAUAGCUACUGCAGCCACAAACAGGCACAUGACUUCUGCAGAUGCCUGCAAUGAGCUGUUGGCUUACUCUCUUAUUGCAUCAUGCUGUUGCUAUACUUGUUGUAUCAGAAUGAAGCUUCGGAAUGCAUUAAACAUCAGGGGAGGGUGGUGUAAUGAUUUCUUAUUGCAUUUUUGCUGCUGUUGUUGUGCCCUAGUCCAAGAAUUACGCGAAAUUGAGAUACGAGGAAUUCAUGGUCCACUAAAGACAAAAACAAGCCCUCCUUCCUGCCAAUACAUGGAAUCCUAAUGACAUAUUCAUUAUGGAAUUCUUUCAUCUUCUCAACAACCCGGUUUGUGGUUUCGGAUUAUUUUGUUCUUGAUUCUUUCAUGCCUUACAUUGGUUUGAUGAUGGUUAGCUGGUUUGUAUUUGUGGAUGAUGAAUUUGAAAAUGUUUACAGUUGACCUAGUGAGCAACAAACAAUUUUACUUGUUUAAUAUAGGAUUAUUCUACUUGACAUGUA